AUGACCAUGGCGGAGAAGCGUCCUUAUCCAGAGGGGCAGGGCCCAAACGGGGAUGCCAAGCGCCCGAAGGCAUCAGAUGCCGUUGAAGCAGCAAAGGCCAAAGCAAAGGCAAAGGCCGCUGAGAUCGCAGCUCGUUUCGCGAAACCGACAGCCCCUGCGACGCCCACUCUGCCGCCAGCUGGCGCGAGCAGCUCUGUCCAAGACCGGAUGGCGGCUAUGAAGGCUAAGAUUGAGGCCAUGAAGGCGAACUCGGCAGGCGCCGCCAAAGCUCCAACUCCUGAUUCCACCGGCCCACGCUUCGCGACAACGCUGGGUAAUCGCCGUUCCGAGACGCCUAUAGUCGAUACGAAGCCCAAAGACGCCACACUCAAGCAGAAGCAAAACGACGAGGAGAUUGAGAAUCCCUACUUCGACCCAAAGACCGCCGCUCUUGCUAAGAAGAGAGGACCCCGCGUUCUGGCCUUUAACGAGCACGGAAAAUACCUCGACCAGGCCUCCAAGUUGCGCGCCCAACGCCGACUAGAACAAAUCAAGAAGACGCUUGCCAUCCAGGCCCGCCGUGCCGGUCUCGAUGAGAACAGCGAACGUGGUUUCUUAGUACAGGCACCUCCGGAGAUUGAGUGGUGGGAUGAGGGAAUACUGGCUGAGCCCAACUACAAUUGCAUGGAUGACCCCUCCAAGGUCAAGAUCGAGACUGACGAUUCCAUCAUCACUCUCUACGUCCAGCAUCCGCCUCUGCUCAAAGCACCUCAAGACCAGCGCCUAGUCCAAGUCAAGCCCAUGUACCUCACUACCAAGGAACAGCAGAAGUUGCGAAGGAUGCGCCGCGCGGCCGACCUCAAGGAGCACCAAGCCAAGAUCCGUCUCGGUCUCGAGCCACCUCCGCCACCCAAGGUCAAGCGCGGAAACAUGAUGCGUGUCAUGGGUGAACAAGCCAUCGCAGAUCCUACCGCCGUGGAGAUGCUUGUCGAGGGACAGAUCCAGCAGCGUCAUGAUGACCAUGUCAAUGCGAACGAGGAACGGAAGUUGACUAAAGAAGAGAAACAAGCCAAACUUGCUGCCAAUCAGGAGAAAGACGCACAGAAGGGUCUCUACAUGUGUGUGUUCAAAAUCAACACACUUGCUUACGGCAAACAUCGCUUCCAGAUUGACAACAACGCAAAGGAGCAUGCUCUUACCGGUAUCACACUCUUUAAUCCAACACUCAAUCUAGUUUUGGUGGAGGGAGGUGCAUACGCAAUCAACAAAUACAAGAAGCUCAUGCUCCACCGGAUCAAGUGGCAUGAGAAUGGCCCGCCUACUGAGAGUCAGGCCGAGAAGCAAGCUUCAGACCCUCAAUGGCUGAGGCCAGUCACUGACACUGGAGAUGUGAAAGACCAUUCAUCCAACAAGUGUAUCCUCAUCUUCGAGGGCGAAAUCAAAGAACGCUCUUUCCGAAAGUGGGGUUCGAGAGUUUGCGAGACUGCUGGCGAAGCCCGCGAGACUCUUGGCCGAGCCAAGCUUGACAGCUUAUGGGCGCUUGCAAAGAGCAAGGAGUAUGAGUAG